AUGGCUGCCCGGUUGCUGCGAGCGUCGCGGCCUGUUUCUGCUAGCCUGCGAUGGCAGCUCGCCGCGGUUUCCGCGGCCCCGCGUUUUCCGCCAAAGGUGGCCGGCUGGCAGCAGGCGAAGACGCAGCUCCGACACUUCAGAACUUCCACUGCGGCCCUGGCUGUGGAGCAGUUCAAACUGGCUGACAUCGGCGAGGGCAUCGCCGAGGUUCAGCUGACCGAGUGGUUCGUGAAGGAGGGCGACAUGGUCAAGGAAAUGGACAACGUUUGCAGCGUCGAGAGCGACAAGGCAUCCGUGGAGCUCACCAGCCCUUACACAGGCAAGGUCACCAAGAUCCACCACAAGGUGCAGGACACGGUGAAAGUGGGCUCCGUCCUCAUCGACGUGGAGACAGGAGGCGGCUCCGCCCCAGCCGCCCCAGCGCCAGCCACGCCAGCCACGCCUGCAGCAGCACCUGCUGCAGCUGCGGCAUCGGCCCCUGCAGCUGGGGGUGCCCAGGUGCAGGCCUUCAAGCUGGCAGACAUCGGCGAGGGCAUCGCUGAGGUCCAGCUCACGGAGUGGUUUGUGAAGGAAGGUGACGUGGUCAAGGAGAUGGACAACCUCUGUUCCGUUGAGAGCGACAAGGCUUCGGUCGAGCUCUCCAGCCCCUUCAGUGGCAAAGUGGUGAAGAUCCACUACAAGGUUCAAGACACGGUGAAGGUCGGAAGCACUCUGGUGGACAUCGAGACGGCUUCCUCUGCCGCCCCAUCCACACCAGCACCGGCCGCACCCGCGCCCGCAGCGCCAGCGGCCGCCCCAGCCGCGGCCCCAGCGGCCCCCGUGGCCCCGGCGGCGCCGAAAGCUGCGCCGGCUGGCAAGGCUGCUCCGGGCGUUCUGGCGACCCCGAAGGUGCGCAGCCUCGCGAAGAAGCUCGGCAUUGACCUGAACACCGUGAAGGGAACAGGGGCGAAUGGCCGCGUGCUUGAGGAGGAUCUGAGUGCUGGUGCUGCCCCGAGCGGUGCAAGCGCCAGCGCCCCCCCGGGGGUGUCCGUGUCCGUGCCCGCCGCACGUGUCCUGGAGGAUCAAGUGAUUCAGAUCACUGACAAUGUCGGCAAGGGCAUGGUCAAGUCCAUGCAAGCGUCCUUGGUUGUGCCCUACAUGGCAUUGGGGGAGGAGAUUGACAUGACCGACAUGCUGGCCUUGCAAAAGCAAUUGAAGGACUAUGCACUGAAGAAGUACGGGACCAAGGUCACGGUGACCUCCUUCAUGCUGAAG